UUGAAAAUGAAGGCGGCAGCGAUAAAUGUUCACGAUGAAGCACGUUACAUGAAUGAACUCCUGAAUAUUAGGUAUCAUUUUAAGGCCUUGCUCAAGCGCUUACCACAAGUAAGAAGUAGUGAAUCAGUUGUUAGUUUCCUGGCAUCCUCUCACCAUUUGUGGGCUUCAUGAGAAUCGAUGGUCUAAAAAUACCGGUAUUUGACUUUGAAAUGAGUACAAAUAAGAAACAAGAACAUCAGCUACUACAUCGACUGCAAAGUCACCACUUCCUAGCAGAAAAUCCAGACAACUCUGCAUCAUGCCAAGCAGAUGCCCUGAGAAACAUGGCAUGCUCUCUGCAGUAUGCUGCAGCAAGUGAUAUAAUAAGCAAAGAAUGCAGCUUUUCUUGGAUUCAAGGUGUCCUGGAACGUUAUUCAUCCAUAGUGGAUUCUCCAGAGGAACAGAACGGUUUGAACAAUUUUGCUGAAGGAGCAUUGUCUAUCUGCCAUGAGCAUAAAAAUGAUAGCAAACAAUGGAAGAGCUCUCUAUCAUAUGAUGCUGUAGCAAAGUUAGAUUGUGUUCAGAAAUAUUUCAAGGCAGCCAAGGAAUCUGCUGAAACAAUUUUACCUGCCAGUCAUGUGGCUCAACAAAUUGCUAUGUGUGACACCUCAUCAGUUGCUGGAAGUACAGCUUAUAACAGAGGGAAUACUGCUGGUCAAAGACCAAAUCCCACGGUGCCAAGUCCAGGAUACAAUCCAAAAACUGAAACUGCAUGUAGCAGUGAAGGAGUUAUCCAUCAACAGGCUCGGAUUGGAUCAAGAAACCACUCCCUCGUGCUUAAACAGCCCGAUGGAAACCAGGAACUUUCCAGACUGCCUUUUACAUGUAAUUCAACCAGUAGUGGCUCUUCUGAAUAUGGAUCUGGAAAGAGGAAAUUUGGAACUCAGGGAGGACCUUUCAGUGGUUUUGGCAAGUCAGCUGCAGCAGUUUCAAACUCUUACAGCAGGGUAGAAAACAUUCAGAAUGGCAGAGGAGCAGUAAAAAGAGAGAAUGUAUGUGCAGAAGAUGAUGAAGACAGUAAAGCUGGAAAAUUUGAUGCUUUUAGAACAGCAAAUGAACAGCUGAAAUUAAAUCAGAUGAAAAAAUACAGUCGCCAAGGGCCAGUGAAUGCUUCAAAUUAUGGAAUGAACAAGAAGUCAUUGGGAACAAGGAGGGGUCUUACUAGUAAAUUUGUGCCUCCAGUAAUGAAUAGAGAUGGCAGUGAUUCUGAUGAAAGCUCUACACUUUUGAAAAGAUCUGGACUCAAUAAAGCUCAAACAACAGAUGAACCAGUGGAUGAAAGACUUAAGAACAUUGACCCUAAGAUGAUUGAAUUAAUAGCAAAUGAGAUUAUGGACCAUGGUCCACCUGUGAGCUGGGAUGACAUUGCUGGACUGGAGUUUGCAAAAAAUACUAUCAAAGAGAUUGUAGUUUGGCCAAUGUUGAGACCUGACAUCUUCACUGGUUUGCGAGGUCCACCAAAAGGACUGCUAUUAUUUGGACCUCCAGGAACUGGAAAAACCUUGAUUGGUAAGUGCAUUGCCAGCCAGUCCAAGUCAACAUUUUUCAGUAUAAGUGCUUCCUCCUUAACUUCAAAGUGGGUAGGAGAAGGUGAGAAAAUGGUCCGUGCAUUGUUUGCAGUGGCCCGCUGCCACCAGCCAGCUGUGAUCUUCAUUGAUGAAAUUGACUCGCUGUUAACACAGAGGACAGAUGGGGAACACGAAGCUUCUAGGAGAAUCAAAACUGAAUUUUUGGUGCAAUUGGAUGGUGCAACAACUGGAGAAGAAGACAGAAUACUGGUUGUUGGUGCAACUAAUAGGCCCCAGGAGCUAGAUGAAGCUGCAAGACGAAGGUUUGUCAAGCGUCUGUACAUUCCUCUCCCAGAGACAGCUGCCAGGAGACACAUAGUGGUCCACUUACUGUCACAGCAGACCUAUCAACUCACUGAGGAAGACCUGGACAGUAUUUGUGACAAAUCUGAAGGUUAUUCUGGUGCUGACAUGGCUAACCUGUGUAAGGAAGCUGCCUUAGGACCUAUCAGAUCUAUAGCAUUCAGUGAUAUAGAAAACAUCACUGCAGAUGAGGUCAGACCUAUUACCCACCAAGACUUCAUGGCAGGGUUCAGACAGGUGCGGGCCAGCGUAUCGGAGGCAGAUCUGGACUUGUACAUAGACUGGAACAAGAAGUAUGGUAGCUUUGGAAUACCAGGGAUGUAGAUUGACUGAAAUGGCUCCUUUUUCCACUUGAUAGGCACUUUUUGACAAUGUCUAAAAGAGACUGGAAUAUCUGCUGUGGAGGCUUGUUAUGAGUCUUAUAAGACAUAAAACACUGAACACAGAUACAAUGAAAUAGAAUUUUGUUCUUUUAUUUUCAAAUGUCAGUUAGUUACAUAGAUGCAGGAAUAAACGUAAAGCAUGCAAUGAAUUUGGCUUUCUGUUGCUGGAGCAUGGUAUUCGGUCAUGCACUGUAAGAACACUUCUGACGCUUAGCUAAGAUCCGUUUUUACAUAAAUCUUAAUGCGAUAAGAAAAUUACAGAUGGCAUUUCGUCAUUAACCUUCACCAGGAUACAGAAUAAUAUGCUGUGAUAGGGAAUGUGAUAAUACAUGAGAAUAAGUUAAAUUACUACAAAGGGUUGAAAUUAUGAAUAAUUUUGGUUUUGAUUUCAUACUAUGGAAUGCAGCCCUCUAUUACGAGGUUAAAGUGGACCAUUUCUAAUCAUUAGGUUUGACUUUGUCUCUAUUUGAUAAAUGUCGAUCUCGUCCCACCCAGUGAUUUCAGUGGGUGAGGGUUUCCCAGAUUGUUGAAGACCAAGAACUUUAUCAGGCGUAGGCACGAUGGUGUCGUUUGAAACGUACACUAUAUGUGCUAAAAUAAAUGAAUAACAUAUAAUUACGACCGUUUAUGACGCAUUUGAUGCAAUUUUAAUUUAAAAAUAGACUUCUGCAGGUUAAUUUUCAGCCAACGUCCUAUAAAUUUUGAAAAAUAAAAAGAUGAAAAUAAAAUUAGACAACUGGGGGAAUUUGAGAGAAUGCUUGCAGGCUCCUCUCUGACACGCGUAGAGGGAAAACUCUAAGCAAGCCGCUAAUAUUGAAGUUCAAAAAACGGUUUAAAAAUAAAAUUGGACGAAUCUUGUGCAUGAAAGUAGACUGAUUCUUAUAAAUCAUAAUC